GCGGAAAAUGACGGUCUUGUUAUGUUUGAAAGCUCGACAGAGGCCAGUAGAAUCAUCAUGCAGCUUUGAAACAACGUUGAAACACAUCGUCCGAUUAUCUCAUCCUGGCUCCUUCUUUUCCACUCACCUGUCCCCGUAAUACCCCAAAUUCCCCUCUGGAAUGGACGAAACCAGCCCACUUGUUUCCCCUCUCCAGGAGUCCAUAGACUACAGCCUAAGCGAAGCCAACAAUCUAAGAACGCCGGGUUCUGUGGUACGAGUGUCGGCUGGGAGCCCUGGACGCAGCCGAGAAAGACAGCCGCUUUUGGACAGGGACAGAGGGAAUUCUCCUCGGGACCCUCACAGGAAUGACUUUCCCGAUGACCCGGAGUUCAGAGAAAUCGUUCGGAAAGCAGAACAAGCCAUAGAAGAAGAUAUAUUUCCAGAGAGGAUCUUCCAAGGAUCCAGUGGGAGCUACUUCGUCAAAGACUCUCAAGGGAAGGCCAUCGGUGUGUUCAAGCCGAAGAACGAGGAGCCGUACGGUCAGCUGAACCCAAAGUGGACCAAGUGGCUCCAGAAGCUGUGCUGUCCCUGUUGCUUUGGACGAGACUGUCUGGUUCUGAACCAGGGUUAUCUGUCUGAGGCUGGGGCCAGUCUGGUGGACAAGAAACUAGAGCUGAAUAUUGUGCCCCGAACCAAGGUGGUGUACUUGGCCAGUGAUUCGUUUAACUACAGUGCUAUAGACAGAGUCAAGUCUCGGGGAAAGAGGCUAGCUCUGGAGAAAGUUCCAAAAGUGGGACAGCGCUUCCACAGGAUAGGCCUCCCUCCUAAGGUGGGAUCAUUCCAGUUGUUUGUGGAAGGCUAUAAAGAUGCAGACUAUUGGCUUAGAAGGUUUGAGGCGGAGCCUCUUCCAGAGAACACCAAUCGUCAGCUUCAGCUUCAGUUUGAGAGACUGGUGGUCCUCGAUUACAUCAUAAGAAACACAGAUCGGGGGAAUGACAACUGGCUGUUAAAAUAUGACUGUCCAAUGGACAUGGAAGGGAACCGGGACACAGACUGGGUGAUGGUAAAGGAGCCUGUCAUCAGACUGGCUGCCAUAGACAAUGGCCUGGCCUUCCCAAUCAAACACCCUGACUCCUGGAGAGCCUAUCCAUUCUAUUGGGCGUGGCUAUCCCAGGCUAAGGUUCCUUUCUCCCAGGAGAUUAAAAACCUGGUGCUGCCCAAACUGAUGGAUCCGAACUUCAUCAAAGACCUGGAAGAAGACCUCUAUGAACUCUUUAAGAAGGAUCCCGGCUUCGACAGAGGGCAGUUCCAUAAACAGAUAGCGGUGAUGAGAGGACAGAUUCUGAACCUGACCCAGGCCCUGAAGGACAACAAGACCCCACUACACCUGGUGCAGAUGCCCCCAGUCAUAGUGGAAACAGCCAGAGCCCCACAGAGAGCCAACACAGAGUCCUACACACAGAGCUUCCAGAGCAGGAGACCCUUCUUCACCUGGUGGUAGUGAGGUGAGAAUGCCACGAAGAGGGUGUGAAGACCAGACUUGGGAGGCACAAAGAAGGGAAGAGAAGAGUGGAAGAAAGAAAGAAUAUGAAUGGAAUGGGGAGGACAGAGGAUGAGAGAGAUGAAGAGGGAGGAUGAGUGGAGGGACUAAAGAGUUGAGAUGCAAAUGCCAAGUAGAAGAGGACAGGAGAAAAGUGCAUCAUCCAAAAAUGUUUGCCUUACUUCUUUUUCAUCAGCCAAUGAAGCUCCCAUUUUUCACUUCUCCCACUCCAUAGCCAAUAGGAAUCCAUCAUAGGCACAGUUAUGCUUUAAGUACCAGAAAGACAGGAGGGUGGAGGAAAUGAAGUGGGAAAUUUGCUUUGACUAUAGAAAGAUUAACUAUUGUCAGUAUUCGGAAUGAGCAUUUUCUUACAAAUGCUUAUUUAAAAAAACAGAAAGACAUUUGGGUAGCCCUGCUGGGUGGUAGUUCGCUAAAGUCUGAUUAAGAAGACCAAAAACUGUGAAAGGAUGACACUAUGGCACAGCUUCCACUUGCCAAUUGAUGGUUCUAUUGUAGCAUUCUCCUUUAGUGUCCGUUUAGUUUCUAUUACAGAGUAAUAGAAAUAUUCCAUAUUUGGAAGUCCAAUUGCUGUUAAAACCUUUAGACCAAACUGUACACUUUUAUUUCCAAUUUACAGCCUUCCAUCUGUUAUGGCCACUAAAGCACGAGAUUACCAUGAAGCAUUGCCUGUAGCUAGCAAGCAGAAAAGAAAUCAAAUGUCCUGGUAUUUGUAGUUAUUUUUGUAAUGUUCUAUUAGGGUUGCCAAAUUCUGGUAAAAAUCCUUUUAAAUGCUGACAAAAGUAUAUAGUUCCACCUGAUUCACAACAGAAAACCCUAACCACAACAGAGUUUUCAUUAAAGUUACUGGAAUUGUCCAACCCUUAUGGUGCAUGUAUUUUAUCAGACACUCAGCAUCUUUAGCACGAAGAUCUUGUAUUCAAAGUAGCCUAGUUAAACCAAACUCAGCUCUCCCAAUUAUUUUACCUCAUGACUGCUGAGUUAAGUCUGGGUAAUCAGACCAUCACUGUCGGGCCAAGUUAACGUUGGUACUUGCAGUUCCUUGGGACUGAACUGCUGAUGGAACUGGUGUAGUUCAUUAGGACACACCGUGGCACAAGGUUUUGCAACGGAAAACAGGUUUGUUUCUUACUGGACAAGGCCAAGUGCUACCUUCCCAUUUAAUUUAUCUUCUGACACAUUUCUUCCAUUUCAUUCCCACUGAACAUAUACCAGGUAACAGUGCCUGUUGUUGAGUGCAUGUGAUGGCAGCCCUCUGGCCCGCCUGUGAGAUGACAUGUAGUCAGUCUCAAAUAUGCACAUGCCUGUUUCCAGAAACCUAAUUGUCUUUGUUAUGCUGUUUAGUUUGUGUUGUUUUUUAUGGAUAUUUCCUGGUGUAGCAGCCAAACUGUUCUACCAAUGCAUUGUAUUGACAAUUCACUGUAAACACACUUUAAUGUAUUCAAGAAUUAUAUGUAUAAAGAAUUGUACUAUUCCAUUAUUAAA